AUGGAGGCGCACGCGAAACAAUCAUAUAACGAACUUCCCCCUAAAAACAGCUCACCCAUCAGCCGCACCAAGCACACCCUUCCGGAACUCCCCUACGAAUAUGCCGCCCUAGAACCCACAAUCUGCCGGGAAAUCAUGGAACUUCACCACCAGAAGCACCACGCCGGAUACGUCAGCAAUUUAAACACCGCCGAAGAACAACUCACAGAGGCCCUUGCCUCGAACCGCGUGACCGACGUGAUCAAACUGGGCCCUUCUUUGAAAUUCAACGGCGGUGGUCACCUCAACCAUUCCCUCUUCUGGGAGAACCUAACCCCACUUUGUACGGCCCCCUCGAAGGCGCUGGAAGCCUCGUUGAAGCACAAUUUCUACUCGAUGGAGGACUUUAAGGCGUUGGUUCGCGGCGCGGCGUUGAACGUUCAGGGCUCCGGAUGGGUUUGGCUCGGGUGGGACAAGGACCGGAAGCUACUGCGGAUUGCCGCGUGCGCGAAUCAAGACCCACUGGAGGCCACAACCGGGCUGAUGCCCCUGUUGGGGAUAGACGUGUGGGAACACGCGUACUAUUUGCAGUAUAAAAAUGAUCGAGCGCAGUACUUUGAUGCCCUGUGGGAGAUUAUCAACUGGAAGGAGGUGUCGAAGCGGUACGAGAAACUGCGCUGUACGGUGAACAAGUGACGAGACAAAUUGUAUCGGAAACAUAAA